AACACUGCACGAGGGUCCCCGGUUGCUUUAUUGCUCCGUCGGGACAGUCGACGCGUUUGCAAAAAAAGAAGGUGGCCGGAUAAGCAUCGCAAGAGCAGAAACGCGUGAACCAGUUUGCAGUGAAGCUUAUUCGGUCGAUGCUGAUUUGUGGAUGUGGUGGCUUCAGGAAUCGUUGGUUCACCCAUUAUUCCCACCGGGAACUGUUGAUUGGAACGUCGCAUUCCUAAUUCGUCAAUGUGUGCGUGUGUGUUUUUGCUAGCCGUAGUAGUUGCAACAACAGCGAUAGCAAUUAGUGAUAUAUAGAAUGUAACACCGGUGAUGAUUGGGUACUAACAGCAGCAUCAAGAACGAAGAGUUACAGCAGUUCUAAAACGAAAGCCGUAACCCAUACAGAAUCAGUCAUAACAGAUAAAUACGAAGAAGUAAAAAAAAACGUAAAUAACAGGAAAACAAUCACAACAAUAGCAGCAAAGAAAAUCAUUAAAAAACCUGUGUUCCCAUUAACAGCAUCACUAUGUCUCCAAAUCAGCCGCUUCCGCAGAAAGAGCACGCCGUGUUCAAAAAAAUCUUACGCAGUUAUGAACAUAAACAGUACAAGAAUGGACUCAAGCUGGCCAAGGUGAUAUUGUCGAAUCCUAAGUUCGCCGAGCAUGGUGAGACCUUAGCAAUGAAGGGCCUGAUUUUGAAUUGCCUACGAAAAAAAGAAGAGGCGUAUGAGCAUAUUAAACGCGGUCUUAAAUCAGACGUUAAAAGUCAUGUCUGUUGGCAUGUGUUUGGAUUGCUUCAACGGUCAGAUCGCAAGUAUGACGAAGCUAUACGAGCUUAUCGCAAUGCUUUAAAAUGCGAUCCCGACAAUAUCCAGAUUCUGCGCGAUCUAAGUUUGUUACAAAUUCAGAUGAGAGAUCUAGAGGGCUACAACGAGACACGACACAAGUUAUUCACCUUGCGCCCGACGCAAAAAGCAUCAUGGAUUGGCUUUGCCAUGAGUUACCACCUCCUUGACGAUUACGAAAUGGCUGUGAAGCUCAUCGACGAGUUCUUGAAGAUCCAGAAAAAAACCGGUUACGACUACGAACAAUCAGAAUUGUUACUUUAUCAAAUUCAGAUAGUGUUCGAAUCGGGUAAUUAUCAGGAAGUACUGUACCGCAUCGACAAGAACGAAAGUCUAAUAUGUGACAAGCUUUCAUUAAUGGAAACUCGAGCUGAGGUCUAUUUACGUUUGGGUCGGUUUAGAGAGGCCGAAGCCAUUUACGAGGCGUUGAUCAGGCGUAACCAAGAAAACAGAGUAUAUUAUCAUGGCAUGAUCAAGGCUCGCCAGCUGCAGAAGGAUGAGGAGAAAGUUCAAAUGUUUGAUGAAUACAAGAAGCUCUACCCGCGCGCUCACACACCGCACAGGUUGCCCCUAAACAUGUCGUCGGGACAGACGUUCAAGUCGCUUGUUGACGAGUAUAUGCGAUACGCAAUAAGAAAGGGAGUGCCUCCGCUUUUCGUCGACCUCAAGCCACUCUAUAAUGAUCAUGAGAAGGCAGAUAUUCUUCACGGACUAGUGGAAAUGUAUCUUAAGAACCUAAAAGAAUACAAUACGUUUGACGGGCCUAGCGGUAAAAUAGAGCCAAUCACAGCACUUGUCUGGGCAUUCUACUAUGCUUGCCAGCAUUUUGACUUGCGCGGGGAAACGCAAAGGGCACUAGAAAUCAUCGACGAAGCCAUCGAACAUACCCCUACUCUGAUUGAACUGUAUUUGGCCAAAGCGAAGGUGUUCAAACAUUCGGGUAAUAUGGCACGAGCUGUGCAUUGUUUAGACAAAGCCCAGUCGUUGGACACGGCCGAUCGUUACAUUAACUCAAAAUGUGCGAAGUAUAUGCUUCGAGCUUGUCGUAUCAACGAAGCAGAAAGUAUGUGCGCCAAAUUCACCCGCGAAAACGUUUCAGCAAUGGAGAAUCUCAACGAGAUGCAAUGUAUGUGGUUUCAAACGGAAUGCGCAGACGCAUACGCCAGAUUGCGUAAACCUGGCGAGGCUCUACGAAAAUGUCACGAAGUGGACCGGCACUUUGUGGAGAUCACCGAGGACCAAUUCGACUUUCAUACAUACUGUAUGAGGAAGAUGACACUUCGUUCAUACAUCGGCUUGCUGCGGCUUGAAGAUGUUGUGAGAUCACAUACGUUCUACUUUAGGGCCGCUAGAAUUGCUAUUCAAACCUACCUGAAGCUACACGACAACCCGCUAGGGGACAAGAAACUUGAACAAGACGAACUCGAACCUACUUUAAGCAAGAGUGAGUUGAAAAAACUUCGGAACAAACAGAAGAAGGCUAUGGAAAAGUUGCGUAUGGAAGAGAAAGAAAACAAGGACAAGGAAAAGAAAGCAUUGCCUGCCGAAGAGGAAAAAGUUGAUGAUGGACUGGGUCCCGACAAACUUGAACGGCCUACGAACGCUCUCGAUGAAGCUAUCAAGUUUCUGCGACCACUACAAGAUUUAACGCCGAACAAUAUUGAGACACACUUAUUAUCGUACGAAAUCUUUCGACGCCGCGACAAACCUCUGCUCAUGCUGCAGAGUCUUGUCAGAGCCCAUCGGCUGCAGCCCGAUCAUCCGACGUUGCACCGUUGUUUGGCUCACUUCCUAUCGACGGUAGUUGUGAAUAAGGAGUUGUCGAAUCCAGUUAAAUCUGUCAUCGACAAACAAGUUUCUAGUCUGUUUGGAAAUACGCGAACUGCCACGGAGUUGAAUGAAACGUUCUUUAAAAUGUACAAAUUUUCAUAUCCCCAUGCAAUCGCGGCUGCUCGCGUCAUGUUCGAGUUAGACAGGUCCAAUCAGAAAGAGGCUCUAGAUUGGGUCAUGUUAAAAAGGGACGAUGUCAAGCUCGGCAUCGAUCGAGUGCGCUGCGAAGAGGUUCUACAGCUGCUACGAGAUGGCGGCAUGGGCCAGAUCGAUAUUAAGCUAAUCGAAUCGUUCCGAGAUGAUUGCGCCAGAAGAUUUCCUUUAGCCGAAGCUUUUAUGACGGAACCUCCGAUUGUUUCGAGUCCUGCAAGCGGGCAGGACACUGAAGCGAAUGCCGAACUGGCAAGCUAGACUAUAGGAACGAAUUGGGGCUAAGUAAAGAGAUAGCGAUAAAUAGUACAGGGAAUAAGAGAGAGCAAGAGGGCGCAAAGGCAGGAAGCAAACAAAAUAUAAAUAUAUAUAGAGCGAUCGAUGAACAUUAUCUAAUAUAGAAGAUAAAUAAGAUCCGAUAAGGAAGCGAGAUGCGUUUGACAAGCAGUACUAAAGAUUUUGUGUGAAAGCCUAAUUUUAUAUACACAAAAACGACAAUGAGCAUAUUCUUUUGUUUUUUUUCUUACAUUAUCGUGGCCUUAUCAAAAGAUAAGCAUAAUAAAAACAAAAACCUUUGCACAAUAGUUGAACAACAGGCAA